CUCCUGAGACUUCCUUUCAUGUUAUGAUACUAUUUGGUAUCAUAAUGUGAAGCUUUUGUUUUUGUAGGCUUUGGCCUUCAUUCUUGGGGCUUACUAAGUCACUCAUGAUAAGACUUUUCCACAAGUACAAACACUAUUGACUCAGGAGCAAAUAUUGCUGCAUAUAACCCCUGACUGGAUGUUUGUUUCUCUUGGAUAUUGCCAAAGAAGAGGUGUUCCACAUUUCUCUAGAUCGAACUGUGAAUUUGGCUGAGAAUUUCCAAUUCACUUCUGCAUUUUGUACACAAGAGUUGCUGUGAUGUCUCAAGCAUUUUUCUGCCUGCUCCUUCUCCUCUGUCUGGAUCCCGGUUCUACUUCUAGAGGAGAUACUGUGGUGGUCACUAGCAGUGGCCCAAUCCAGGGCAAACACAUCAUGACAGAGUCUGGGAUGGUGACAGCUUUCUUGGGAAUCCCAUAUGCUGAACCUCCUGUGGGAGAAUUGCGUUUCCAGAAGCCCCGUCCCCAUCAACCUUGGAGUCAUAUCCUGGAGGCCACCAGCUUUGCCAAUUCCUGCUACCAAGAGAGUUCUGAUCCUUACAGGUAUAACCAGGUGCUAGACUCAGAUCCCAUCCCUUCGGUCUCUGAGGACUGUCUUUUCCUCAACAUUUGGGUGCCUUAUCCCCUGCCUAUGGGGCCAGCUGCUGUCCUUGUCUGGAUCCACGGAGGUGGCUUUUUCAUGGGCACUGGUUCUUACGAUAAAAGCCUGCUAGCUGCCACUGAGAACAUCAUUGUGGCUUCCCUCAACUACCGCCUGGGUGCACUGGGCUUUCUAGCUCUGCCUCCAGGUGCUCCGGGGAAUGCUGGCUUGUGGGACCAACACUUGGCAUUGCAUUGGUUGAAGGACAACAUUGCUGCCUUUGGUGGGGAUCCCACUCGGCUCACCCUAGGAGGUCAAAGUGCUGGGAGUGCAUCCGUCGGUUUCCACCUUCUGUCACCAGUGAGCCAACCCGUCUUUGCUCAGGCCACUUUACAAAGCGGGGCUGCCAUUUCCCCCUGGGCCUGGGUGAGUCCUGAGGAGGCCAAGGCCAGAGGGAGACAUCUAGGCCAGAUGUUGGGCUGUGCGGAGAAUGAUGACAAAGGUGUGGUGAACUGCUUGCAGAGAAAGGAUCCAGGAGAGGUUAUGCGGAAGCUACCUGGUACUGAGCCAAGGAACCUGAUAACAACUAUCUUUGUACCAACAACAGAUGGGGAAUUCCUUCCAGAUGACCCCAGGAAUCUUCUGGAAGCCAGAAGCUUCCCACUUAAGCCCAUCUUGACUGGCUUCACCACGGAGGAGGGCACACUUUUCCUCAUGGAUAAUGCUCCCGGUUUAAGUAUAUCUAAUGAGAGCCUGAUCAAUCACAAGCAGUUACUGCAGGGUCUCCGGCUUGUGGCACCCAAGGCUUCCCAGUGUGCCAUUCAGGCUGCAGCAUUCCUGUAUACCCUGGGGAACAACGGAAAAGAGCGAUACCGCAAUGCAAUGGUCAAAGCUGCAGGGGACCAUAUGUUCUUGUGUUCCGUGGCUGAAGUGGCCACCCAGAUGGCAAAGGCUGGAAGCCCUGUUUUUGCCUACGUAUUCACACACCAUCCCCCCUAUGCAGGUGCCCCUGACUGGAUUGGGGCAACCCAUUGUGCUGAGCUGCCCUAUAUGGUUGGUAACAUACUGUCUCUGACACGAAGCAAUUUGACCGAUCCAGAGGCUGAGAAAAUAUUGAGCCAAAGAGUUAUGCGGUAUUGGGGACAGUUUGUGAGAACUGGGUCUCCUAAUGAGGAAAAUGCCCAAGACUGGCCUAUCUUUACAGGACAGAAUUUCUUCCGCAUCGACAUAGAGGGAUCCGAGGCAAAGGAAAUGUCACCCACUCUGUAUUGUGGAAUCUGGGACUGGCUGGAACCCAGAGAUUCUGAAAUGGAGGACAUUCCCACCAGUGGAAUUUCUGGCAAUCAAUGAAACUUCAGAGAUGUUUCUUAGCAGCAUCAAGUCACCUUCUCUGUUACUUCAACCCUGAAGUGGAGCUCCAUUAUAAGAAUUCUUCUGUGGCAUUUAUACUUUGCAAUGGAAGAUCAUAGCGAUCAUAACCUUUGGGAGAAAAUGGCAUUCACUUUCACAGCCAUUUGAAAAUCAUAACCUUUUGUAAAAGUAUGAUCUUUCAGAGAAGAGCCAAAAACUAGUUUGAGUAAAAUAUUCUCUUCAGUGGUAUAUAUCCACAUAUACUUAUGUAAGGCAAUUUGAUUUUCAGUUGUUAGACUGAUAACCGAGUUGUCUCUGAUGCAUAAAAUAUAGCAAUUCUUCAGAAAUGUUCUUUUCAGUGCCCAAAAACAUCUACUCUCCUAUACAAUCUUGUUUCUAUAUCAUGUCUCUCAAGAGACAAAAAUAAAGUCCACUUUGUUAAAAAUAA